UUUGAAUCAAUUAUAUUUUUUUGUAUUCUUGUAUCAUCUUUAUCACUUUUUUUUAUUUUUUUCUCUAUAAAUCCCCCAAUUUUCUAUAAAUUCUUCACAAAAUCAUAAAAAAAUCAAAAAAAAUAACUAAAAAAUAACUAAAAAACUCAAAGAUAUCUUAAUAUUCUUUUUUUCUCUUUCUUCUGGUAGUAGACAGUUAAAAAUUUAUUAACUUAAAUUUUACUCUAAAGACAACUUCAUUUUAUUCAAUACUAUAUCAAUAUUCUUUUUUCUUUAUUCACUUCAAUAGAAAAUAUUCUAUUACUAUUCUGCUUUCCCCUUAUUGGAAUAUCCUUUUACUACCCUUAUCCCAACUACCUAUAUUCGAUUCAACCAUCAUGUCUUCUAUUGAUAUUGUUGAUUUAACUGCAGUUUCUGCUAUUGCUGCAGGCACAAAUAAACCUUCAAGAAGGGUUGUUGCUUCUGGUAUUGGAGGCAAGUUAAUGGGCUCAAAAGAAAUGACAACCGUUACUGCUGAGCAACUAGCUCAAGAUUCUAUAAAUGCUUUAUUAGCAAAAGAUCGUGCUGACAGAUUAAAAUAUUCAAAAUCAAAACAUAUCUCUGAACAACCUUGGACUCUUUCAAACUGGCAUGAUCAUAUAAAUUGGCUUAAUUUAAUUCUUGUGGUCUUUAUUCCUUUAUCUGGUUUCUUAUCAACUAUAUGGGUUCCUGUUCACUCAAAAACUUUAAUACUAGGCUUUAGCUUAUAUGUAAUGAGUGGUUUAUCAAUUACUGCUGGUUAUCAUAGACUUUGGUCCCACAAAGCUUAUCAAGCAAGAGAUCCUGUUAAAUUAAUAUAUGCUUUAUUUGGUGCUGGCGCUGUUGAAGGUUCAAUUAAGUGGUGGGGCCACUCUCAUAGAAUCCACCAUAGAUAUACCGACACUAAUAGAGAUCCUUAUGAUGCCAGAAAGGGUUUCUGGUACUCUCACAUGGGCUGGAUGCUACAAAAACCAAAUCCAAGAUACAGAGCAAGAGCUGAUAUCAGUGAUUUAACCGAUGAUUGGAUUGUCAGAGUUCAACACAGACACUACAUCCCUAUAAUGCUUUUUAUGGCUUUAAUUUUGCCAACUAUAAUUUCUGGUUACUUUUGGAACGAUUAUUUAGGCGGUUUUGUCUACGCUGGUAUAUUGAAGUAUUUUGUCAUUCAACAAGCAACUUUUUGUAUUAAUUCUGUGGCUCAUUGGAUCGGUGUCCAACCAUUUGAUGAUAGAAGAACUCCAAGAGAUCACUUUUUAACUGCUUUAUUGACAUUUGGUGAGGGUUACCACAAUUUUCAUCACGAAUUUCCAAGUGAUUAUAGAAAUGCUCUUAAAUGGUACCAAUAUGAUCCAACCAAACAUGUAAUUUAUUUAUCCUCAUUAGUUGGCUUAUCUUAUAACUUAAAGACUUUUUCUCAAAAUGCCAUUGAACAAGGUAUAUUACAGCAAAAGCAGAAGAAACUAGAUGCCGAAAAAUUAAAACUAAACUGGGGUACUCCCUUGAAUGAGUUGCCUGUUUGGACCAAGGAUGAAUUUUUUCAAAGAUCAAAAGAACAGAAGGGCUUGGUUAUCAUUUCUGGUAUAGUUCAUGAUGUUGCAAACUUUAUUGCUGAACAUCCAGGUGGUCAACCUCUAAUCAAAGCCUCUUCUGGUAAAGAUGCUACUACUGCUUUUAACGGCGGUGUUUAUAUUCAUUCAAAUGCAGCCCAUAACUUAUUAGCAACCAUGAGAGUCGCUGUUAUUAAAGAUGCUGUUGUUAAUGGUAAUACUUAUAAUUUACAAAUGGAGACCUUGAGAAAGAAAAAUAAAUCUCUUGAUUAUUGAUUUCUUUAAUAUUGAAUUAAUUUCUUUGUAUUUGUCUAAAAAUAUUAAGAACUUAUAAAAUUUUACUUCGUUAUGAUUGUCUUUUAACUACUAUACUAUUUCUUAUUUUCUUAUAAUAUUUUUAUGUGACUAGAUUAUUUUAUUUCAAACAAAAAUAAUUUACUCAUUUAUAACCUAUAAUAUUAUAUUUUGUUUUUUUGUGGGAUUUAAAAUCUC